AUGUGGUGGCUCCUAGUGUUACUGGUGACAUGUUUGUACUUCUAUUCUCGAAACCGUUUAAAAUACUUUUCAUCCAGAGGAGUUCGUACUUUACCGCCAAUUCCGUUAUUCGGGAAUUUGACAGCUGUCACUUUUGGGCGGGAAAAUUUCGUGGAGGCUAUAGCAGCUGGAUAUAAUGCAUUCAAAGAUCAAAGGUACUUUGGACUGUACCAAUACCUGGUACCGACUUUAAUACCUCGAGAUCCAGAACUUAUUCGACGAAUCAUGGUGCGUGACUUCAACUCGUUCUCAGACAGAGGUGUGCACAUCGACGCUGAUUGCGACCCACUCUUCGGACGCAAUCUCAUUAUGUUGACAGGUUCAAAAUGGCGUUCUAUGCGAGUAUCAUUGAGUCCGGCUUUCUCAGCUGCACGUUGUCGUGGUAUGGCACCGCUGAUGGCGGAUAGCGCAUCCGCCGUUGUUAACUUUAUUACGGAAACUGUAAAAGGCAAACAAGCUAUGGACCUGAAUACUAUAACCAUGUCAUACGUGAAUGACGUCAUUGCAUCGUGUGCCUUUGGCUUCGCCGUGAACUCUUUCACAGAGCCUGACAACAUCAUAUACAGGUUGGGAAAGAAAGCAGUCAUACAGGACACCAAUCAGGUCAUGAAGUUCUUCGGUUACGAGAAUAUGAAGAGUAUCAUGAAGCUGCUACAAGUUAAGAUCAUCCCGACGGAAGACGCGGACCAAUUCUCUCGACUAUUUAAAUCGGCUUUGAAGGCGAGACGAGAAAAGCUGGUACCGCCGAGACCUGAUUUUAUUCAGACACUCGUAGAUGCCACCGAAGAACUCUCAGACGACGAUCUCGUAGCACAGGCAGUAUUAUUUUACAUAGCUGGGUACGACACAACCGCUAACCUAAUAUACUACUUCCUCUACGAAAUGGCAGUAAACCCUCACCUCCAAGAGAAGCUGUACGACGAAUUAAAUAGCUUACCACCUGAUGAAGAAAUUAAGGAUCUGUAUGAAGUCGUUACACAGUUGGAGUAUUUGGAGAUGUGUGUAAAUGAGGUGCUGCGGCUAUGGCCUUUGGUCGGAUCAGCGGACAGACGCUCUGUAGCUCCCUAUGAUUUUGGACCAACAUACCCUGGCAGCAAGGAUCGACUUGUUGCCCCAGCUGGUAUACACGUAUGGUUGCCAAUAUACUCCAUCCACCGUGAUGCUACCUACUGGCCCGAACCUAAUAUAUUCGAGCCUGAGAGAUUCUCAAAAGAGCGUAAAGCAAACAUCGUGCCGUAUACCUACAUGCCUUUCGGAAACGGGCCCAGGCAUUGUAUCGGUUCCCGUUUCGCAGUUUUAGCUGCCAAGGUGUUUUUAACGAAAUUUCUUCGCAUGUACAAGACGAAAGCUCUUGUGGAAUCAACUCGACUGUCCCCAAGAGCCUUCAUACUACGCCCCGCGGAUGGAUACAAACUAAUAGUUGAAUCUAGACAUAAAGAAUAG